AUGAAAAUCACACCUCAGCUGUUUGAAAAGGUUCAGCUGGAACAAGGUAAACUGACAGACGCUCAGCGAUCGCAUAUCGGGUCUCUGACGUCACCAGUUUGUAUGGCAGCCAAGUCGGGCCAUGUCCAGAUCAUGACCGCCCUCCUUGACAUGGGACACCAGGCCUUUGACCUGAACUUGGGCACUUCCAGCCCAUGGCCUAUACGUGAAGUCUGCGCCAGAGGACAUCUGGACGUGGUCAGAACGCUGGUCGAAGUCCAUCACAUCGAUGUAGGAUCACGUGACAACAACAACGAGACUAUACUGUACGCUGCAGUGCGCGGAGGUCGUGUUGACGUCGUGGACUAUCUUGUCAAGGCGGGAGCGUCCGUGAACAAGCCUCAUUCGUCGCUGGACUAUUUUUCACUUCUCCAUGUUGCGGUCAAGACGCCAGGACCUCGUCAAAUGGACAUGUGUGACGUUCUUCUGUCACGUGGUGCUGACGUCAAUGCACGUGACAAAUAUGGAAGAAGCCCAGUUUUUCUCCUCGUCCUUGAUUCCCCUGGGCGUGAUGCUUUUUCUUCUGAAGAGGACAUACGCUAUCCCGAUUAUAGACAUCCCGAAGAUUUCCUCAUUCUCAUUCGUCUCGUCUGCUCACGUGGUGCUGAUCUGAACAUGCGCAAUAAGUCUGGUGCAACCUCUCUUUUCACUGCAUCCUUAUAUGGUAAAGUUGAUAUCGUGUAUUAUCUGGCGAUUGAGAGAAAUGCCUCUUUGGAUUUGCUGUACACAAAUCAUAUGGAGAAACCUUUUGUUGAUAAUUUGAUUUCUCGCGGACAGUUUCUUGCUCUUCAAACCCUCCUAGAAGCCGGAUAUGACGUCAUAGCAAAAGACUCGUUUGUUGAGAGGGAUCUGUUUUGGUUAGAUGAAGACCUGGAAGAGAUGGUGGGAUUAAUUAGGGAGAGAUUUUCGGAACCAAGGUCUUUGUUGGAGCUUUGCUGUUUCAAGAUCAGAACUUUACUUGGACCAAGAUUGCCUUUUGUGAUAGAGACCCGUGGAUGUUACACUGAAGGAUUUGAUUAA